AUUGGAUCCUCCCUACUCAAAAUAUUCGUCCAAAUGAAUUUGCUACCAUGUCAAAGCAAUGAACAAAGAAAUUAUCUAUUCCACUGGGGCGGACAGGUGUCAGAUGUCAGAUGUCAGGAGCCACAUCCACCACCGCAGAAUGGCUGGGAGCCACGAGUUUUAUCGUUGUUUUUUCAUUACGGCAUCAAUUAUUAAGAUAUUCAAGCAGUCGACGGAAUGAUAAGGAUUAAUACUUGGUAACCUCAGCCCGUCCUUACCUCUUUCUUUCCGUCCCAUCAUACGUCUGUCGAUAACGACAGACGCACGCGUUCCUUCCUGUCCUCAGCCUUUCUCGCUAUGAUUUAUAAAUGUUGCUUUGUGCUUGUUAAGUCUUACAGCAACCACUUUCUUCCAACUUGUAAACUUUGGAGAGCCUCACAUUGGAUUAGGUGAGUGGCGAUGACAAAGGUGUAUCCCAAUGCCACUGCAGCGAGUUCCGGAUCGGAGGGAGUGAAGCUGUGCAUCGGCGGAGGAGACCCGGCGGUUCUGACAGUAUGGAAGAAGUCGCUGCUGUUCAACUGCAGUGGCUUCACGGUGUUCGACGGGAAGGGGAAUUUGGUUUUUAGGGUGGACAAUUAUGUUGCGGGAAAUAAGGGCGAGAUCGUCCUCAUGGACGCCUCCGGCAAGCCUCUUCUCACCAUCCGCCGCAAGAGGCUGAGUUUGGGCGAUAAUUGGCUGGUGUACGAUGGAGAAACUGCGGCGAAUCCGCGGUUUCAGAUGAGGAAGCAUCUGAAUCUGCUGAGCUCGAAGUCGCUGGCACGAGUGAGUGGAGGCAGCAGCAGCAGCAUGAGGAAGGCGAUGUACGAGAUCGAAGGGUCGUACUCGCAGCGGUGCUGCGCAGUGUACGACGAGAGGCGGAGGUGCGUGGCGGAGAUAAAGCGGAAAGAGGCGAUGGCGGGAGUGGCUCUAGGUGUGGACGUGUUCCGCCUCAUUGUGCAGCCGGAGAUGGAUACGCCGGUGGCUAUGGCGCUUGUGAUCUUGCUUGAUCAAAUGUUCAGAUAAUCAAAACGCUUCUCCGUCUGAUUCUUCAUCCUCCAUCGCUUCUUUCAACACAUACGAACAUAGACCAUGGAUCAUUGAAUUGGUCCAAAAACGAAUACCAUGCCGGAUGAUCUACCUCUUCCCCUAUCACACCAAACACCUUGAUUUUGUAUAUUUUACUUCAAAUGAAUUAAGUAAAACAACUCAACGUGAGGCAGUGAUGGAUGUGAAGCAGUGGCCUCAGCUCACCUCAUGCUAGUGAACUUUCCCCAACCUUCUUCCCCCUGGGUGGGGUGAUUUUGAGUGUUUGAGCUUGGUCUUUUUCGUUUUUAUAUAAAAGGAAAUCCUUAGUGGGACAGAAAAGGAAGAUGAAAGGGCUCUCUUUGAAGCCUGAUUCAUUUAGUUCCAGUGGUCAAAACAGCUGGCUAAGGGCAUAAGACCUGUGUUUUCAUGAACCUUGAGUCAGAGAAGCGCAGUUGCAGUAGCUAGUCUUCAGCCAGCGAUAAAGCAAGGAUCCCCCACUUUAGAGGUAGCGAAUGAACGCUCAAUGCCCUCGACGGAAGAUAAGGUAGCAGUUCACUAGGUUCGCCCAAUAGGGACAGGGAAAGGGGUGUACCAUGUAUAUAUUGAAGUUACGCCGGGAAAAGGGAAAAACCAAGAAACAUAUGGUGUGUUUGGCCAUUGUUUUCGAGAGCAGUUUUGUAUUCUUCGUGAUAAAAAAAAUAAGGAAUACAACACUUUGAUAACCAAAAACUAUUUUUUGUUUUAUAUUUUUUUAUUAUUAAGAAUAGAAACAAGGUGUUUUGAGA